AUGAAUCCGCCUCAAAAAUGUGCUGCGGUUGUCGUGGGAGCUGGUCCUGCCGGUCUGGCCGUGGUUGGAAAUCUCCUUGAGAGGCAGCUUGGUGGGAAAAUUGCCUGGGUUGAUCCCUACUUUCAGGCCGGACGUGUGGGCAGGAAAUACCGCGAGGUUCCUAGCAACACCAAGGUCUCCUUCUUCCAAGCGUAUGCCACAGGUGUCCAGCCAUUCCGUGCAGUCAUCAGUAGUACACGGAUGCCCAAUGCUUUCACGACUCUAGCGAAACUUGACCAAGAUCAAACAUGUCUGUUGCAGCAUGGUGCAGACAUGGUUCAGGCCUUAACAGAGGGCAUUGUGAAAUUGGAUCGGGUUGUACAAUGCAAGGGUUACGUCGUUGCUGCCAAUCUGGCGGAGAAGAGGCUGGACCUUGACAAUGUUUUGAAGCCCAGUGAACUCGCCUCGUACCUUCCCCGAGACACGCCCUUGACCAUCGCCGUUGUAGGAGCUUCUCAUAGUGCCAUUCUGGCUCUGCUCAACCUGGUAGAUUUGGCCCGGAGUUCUCAUCCCCAGCUCCGCAUCAAGUGGUUUACCCGGCAUCCUCUUCGGUAUGCCGAGUACAUGGACGGUUGGAUCCUCCGAGAUAACACCGGUCUCAAGGGUCUCGCUGCGGACUUUGCUCGCCAGCAGCUCGAAGAUGAAGUUUUACCGACCUCCGAGGCAGGCCGUUUCAUCACCAAGGUCGACUGCAGCAGUGGUAAAGAAAUGGCACAGUUUAAGCUGCAGUUACCCUUCUGCACUCACAUUGUUCAGGCCAUUGGCUUCGCUCGGGAUCCGCUGCCAGAGCUUUCCGUGAAUGGUUCGCCAUUGGAGCCCGACUUUGAUCAUGAAACCGGCGGAUUCUACGAUCAACGUGGACGACUCGUUAAGGGCUUAUAUGGUGCUGGUAUAGCCUUUCCAGAGCGAACAGUUGAUCCUCACGGUAAUGUCGAGUAUGCCGUCGGGUUCUUCAAGUUCAUGAAGUUCAUCAAGCGAGUGUGUCCUCAAUGGGUUGCCGCUUAG